CAGCAGAAGAAUUAAAUUAUUCCUACAACUAACCAUCAUUCCUCGUAGGAGGAGAUUUCCUUUGUUGCGCUGCGAACCAAUUAUUUGCCUCAAUGCCAUGGUCUCUCAAGUCCCAAGCCGCAUGUCUCCCUGUUAGCGCUCUGCGACUCACAAGAGUCAAUAGAGAAUGGUUCCUAUUUGUCGGGCAAGGACCUCAUCUCAAUGUCUACGAUCUACAUGGAUUCAGACGCCUCUCUGUUCAAGUGUUCCAGGCCCAGCCUAUCCAUGGUAUUGUGACGCGACCUGGUACCGCACCUCCCGGCAACGAGCAUAUCCAGUAUGUCAUCAUCUGGGGUGGCGCCUUCGUACGAGUCGGCAGGCUGAUUGCCUUUGCCGAAAAUGCAAGUCCACAAGCAUUCAAGACACAGGUGGAGUUCGCGGAGGAAUUCAGUGUAAGAGACUGGAUUAUUGAUGCCGUCUUCGCCGGUUCUAGCGUAACUAUGCUUACAGCACACAACGUGCUUUUGGACUUCCCUAUUGUCGACAAGCAUCCUGAAAUUAGCUUGGACAGUGAAAAUGCCCAGGUAAUUCAUGGCCCCGGUUCUUUUCUCUAUUCAGGCAACCUACAUGUUGCCACUCCAGAUCUGAUUAUCGUGGCCGCUGGGACAGUCUUCGGCAACAUUUUGGUCUGGACUUGUUCCCGAAAUGGCACUGGCCAGGAAUGGCUAGUCUCGGUGAAGCAUGUUUUCAAUGGACACAGAGGUUCUGUAUUUGGUGUUUCCAUAUCCGAACAAUUCAAUCAAGUGGACAAACCUAGUCGAUUACUUGCAAGUUGCAGCGAUGACCGCACCGUCCGACUGUGGGACAUCAGUGAUUGUGAGCACUCGUCUCCGAGGUCAGACCACCAAGUUAUCACAACCACAACCGGCUUCGGUAACGCCGAGGAAGGCGAGAAGUUCGAGCUGGCCUCUGCUUGGGGUCACACUUCACGUAUCUGGGGAGUUCAGUUCGUACCCAGGAUCGCCAACGAUCCCUGUUCCGACCUACUGAUCUUGUCAAGAGGGGAGGACGCUGUAUGCCAGUUAUGGUCUACUGAGACCAAUCAGCGAGGAUACUUGCAGCUACGACCUCUGUGUAGUGAUCGGCAUCAUGUAGGCAAAAAUGCCUGGUCCAUGUCACUUGAGACAGAUGGCCAAUUCAUGACUGUCGUUACUGGCGGCGCUGAUGGUCAGGUAGUAUCGAGGCCGUUUGAUCUGCUUAAUACAAGCAAGGACUUUUCAAUCACACUAUCAAAGACAGUCAAGGAGAUCACCAAUACAUCACAAGCCCUGAAGCACUAUCUCCCAAUCAACAGAGACUCGUGCCUCGCAACCACUGACCAAGGUGAUCUGUAUCAUAUGGUCUUGCGGGAUGGAGGACUAGGCUUUACUCAGCUUUACAAGAGCUCCACCCGAGGCGGUCUCGUGCUGUGCAAGGCUGCCGCACUGGGACUAGUUUUGGUAGCUCAACAGCGAGGCGGCCUAUUCGCGUUGAGGCUUGAUAGGGGCAAUGAUUUGCUGCCUAUAACGCUGCCCUUAGGCGUUAGUAUUUUAUGGAUGCGAGUCGCGUCUUCCAAUGGAAGCCUUGCACCCAAGACAUGUGUUGUUGCGUCUUUGGGGAAUGAAGAAGCUCUCAUAAUCUGGUUGGGUUUGCGAGGGGACUCUCUUGAAGUUAAUCACACGGUGCUCCGACUACCAAACACCUUCGUCCUGACAGCUUGUUGUUACGACGAGAUGAAACACAUACUCCUCCUGGGCUCCCGUGCUGGUGCACUAGCGGUGUAUCCCGGCGUAAGUUCCAACUCGGACAUGGUCAAGGAGCCCCUGUGUCUUCGGCGUGUUCAUGGCACAGAUUGUGUGACCUCGAUCAUGAUCCUUGAACCCUCACCGGCACAGACAGCACUCACAGAUGAAUUGCAUAUUCUCACUACAGGGCGCGAUGGCACGUAUGCGAUAUAUGGACUCGAGGUACACCACUUUGCGCUCUCCACAGUGCACAUCUCCUCGCCCGCUUUCGGUCCCAACAUUGAAGGCGCAUACUUUCUUCCAUCUGGAGCCUCGCCAGUCUCUGAUACACAUGACCUGAUCCUAUAUGGUUUCCGGUCAACAUCAUUCGUUGUCUGGAACGAGACACAACAAUCGACAAUUUUAUCCGUGGAGUGUGGUGGCGCCCAUAGGAGUUGGGCGUACGAUUACUGUUCCCUCUCCGCGUAUGGGACCAAGAUGACCUUAUCUGGAGCUGGCCCCGCGUCCGAUGAGUGCGCAGAAUCAUUCAUCUGGACCAAAGCUGGCAAAUUCAACUGGCAUAGAACACGAGGUCCAGGCCACUCGAUCAUUCAGACUGGUGGUCACGGCCGAGAAAUCAAGGCAAUAGCUCGCAGCUCGAGACUUAUUCCAGGGGCAGUCCUUAUCGCCACAGGAGCAGAGGAUACGGACAUACGACUCUUUGCAGUUUCAUCCCAGCAACAAUAUUCCACAUCCUAUCUUCCAGAGACGCAGCAUCAAGCUCGUAACAACAGUAUUCAGAGCAAGCCUGUUUUCCGCAGCAUAGCAACUCUCAAGCGCCACACAGCAGGACUACAACACAUUCGGUUUUCUCCAUCCGGUGAGUACCUCUUCAGCUGUGCCGGAUGUGAAGAGUUCUAUGUAUGGAAAAUUACCUUCGAUGUGCCCUUUAUUGGUGUUGGGGCUGUGCUAUGGGACAUGAUGCCGAAAGAAGAAGACGACUCAGACGCCAGGAUAAUGAGCUUCGAUCUCCGGGAUGAGCGCCAGCAAAGUGGCGCAUCCUUGCACCAUGACCAGGAACACAGCCGUGGGAGAGGAUGUUUCACGCUGGCUUUGGCGUAUUCGAACGGUAAGACGAAAGUCCUUCGAUACAAUCCAUCUACCGCACGCAAUCAGGGUACUUUUGAGAGUCUGCAAGAGAUCACUUAUGGCUCCUUCUGUGUGAUGCAGGCAUUUUUCUUCUCAUCACCGGUCCAGACACGGUUAGUAUCGGCUGGCACGAAUGGCUUCGUCAAUAUCAGUCGCCUCGAUUCUUCUUUGGUGUUCCACCCCUCGAAAACCGAUUUCCGGAUCCAAUCUACUUCAGAAGUGAUGGAAGUCCACAAGGUCCAUCAAAGCAGUGUUCUCUCUAUGGACAUCGUUCCAGUUGGCUCAACAAUGCAUUUCAUUGCUACAGGCGGCGACGACAAUGCCAUAGGCCUAACUCUCCUCACAAUGAUGCCGGCCUUACCCUUGACUAAUGGUACAGACGGCGACUACAGCGAGUCUCACCAACACCACGUCCGAACAAUCGUCAUUCCCAAGGCCCAUGCUGCUGCGGUCACUGGGUUGAAGAUUGUGGGCGUGACACCCACUUUAGAAGGACACAGCAUAACCGUGGUCAGUGCAGGCAACGACCAGCGCGUGAAUCUUUGGAAGGUUCAUAUCGGCCUUGACCAGGCCACUUCUUCAAUCAAGCAGCCAAUCAGUGCACAGCCAGGCAAUAACAAGCUACUGGACGACAUCCAAGUGCAGAGAGCCGGCGGCGCAUGGACGGCCGUUGCUGAUGUUAGUGGGCUUGAGGUCGUCCAAGACCAUGCCGUCGGUCAACCGGUGUCGUUAGCACACGAGGGAAGCAUGGUGACAGGCCAGUCAGGUGACGGAUGCAAAAUCAUGGUAGUCGGCGUAGGUAUGGAAUUAUUCAGCGUGAAGUGGUAGGAAUUAGUGUUGUGAAAGUAAAUGGGAGAUUCUCAACUUGUCAGGGAUUACACUGACUGAAGCUGGAGCCGACCUACUGAGUACCUGUCAUAGAAAAAGACUCCUUAAUGGCGC